CUUCAUUCAUCCAAUACUUGUCACGUCUUCGUAAUUAAACGUGUAACAAUAGGAUUCAACUAUCCUAUGACCUCAUUGUAGGACAUAUAUAGGUUAAGUUCCGGGACCUCAGUCUUGGUCACUCAGUCAGCGGGAGACUAAGAAGAACAAUCAUGAAGCACCAGUCAACCUCCAGUGCAGUCACUCAGAACAGGAUCAAACGGAAAAAGUCAAACGCAACCAUGCUUAGCUCCGCAGACGCGUCCGAACCUGCAUCAUCAUUAGCUUCGUUAACCAUCUCAUCCGGACCUACACCAGCGACAGCUGACUCAUUUGUUCCAGUAGCGACCACGUGGGAUCCUGUAGCUCACAUGUUGGAGCAGGACAAGGAGUUGCUGCUCUCCGUCCCACUCAACAACUUGUGUGAUGAAGACGCUCGAUCUGCUCACCACACAAUGAAUUCAACCACUGGUGGUGUUAAAGAUCAACUAAAUGGUGGUCAGUACUGGAUGCCUACAUAUAACUCAUCACAAUCGAACACUCCCGUGAUAGUGCAACCACCGAGUUUAGAUACUGUAAAUAAAAAGAAUACGUCUAGUGCGGCUACGCUAUUCACCACGACAUAUAAUUUAACCUCCAGUGGUUCCAAACGUGUGAACAUUGCUAUAGACGUCCAUCAUGUCUGGGGGAUCCAAGCUAUAAUGGAGAUUGAAAAUAUUUCCAAAAGUGUUAAAGUCCCGAUUUCCGAGUUCGACUGGGCCGGGAUCUGUCAUGCAGAGCGCUACAUCAAUCAACAAAUGACAACCGAAUAUGAUCCAACUCAUCCCCCACCAGAAAUUCGUCUUGCCGAUGUCACACUUUCCAUUACUACUGUAUAUGAUGACUGCGCCUUAUGCAUUAAAUCAGGUGUCGACAGCGUCUAUCUAAGGCAUCCAUCAGUUAUCAAAUUAUUCAACCUAGACUCCUCUAUACGAUUUGCUCUCGAGAGACUGAAUCGUUGGGUUCCUAGCAUAGAGGCAGCAUAUAGUGACGUUAAAAACUCUCUACGUGUGGAGGUGGUGGUGCGCGAGGCGCGCGACGUGCUGGCGCUGGAGGAGGACUACGUGCGGCUGCAGGGCGGCUACGUGCGGCUGCUGUGGCGCGUGGGGCGCGCCGUGUGCCGCCUGCUGGCGGGCGACGCGCGGGCCGCCGACGUCGCCUCCGACGUGCUGGGCGCCUGGCUGCGCGCAGAGGACGCCACGCGCCGCGAUAUGGCCCGCAUGAGGCUGUUCAGCCGCAGCGCGCGCGGCAUUACAGUUUCGUUGCUGGUGAAGAGAGCUGACCAGACAGCCGCACGUGUCUCAGUAGCUUUGCCGGACACAAAGCCACACAAGCGUUGCUCGAAGAGGGUGGCGUCGCUUCACGAACAGGUGAGGGCGCUGUGCCCGCGGCUGCAGCAGUCGUCGCGGACGCUGCAGUACCUGCUGUACCUGACGCGCGCCCUGCCGCUGCUGCGGGACUUCCACGACAGGCUGCACGGCCUGCAGGUGCUCGACCAGCCCGACCAGGAACCGGCGCCAGAUGGCGCGGACUCGCUCUCGGCGCUGUACUGCGGCGGCCCUCUGUGGACGCGCCUGACGGCCGAGGUGUGCCACCACCGCUGCCGGCCUCAGCGCCUGGCCCAGCUGCUCCUCAACCUGGACCAGCAGCUGGACCGCGAGCUGGGGCUGCGUCUGGCGGGUGCCACCGAGGCUGGGCUGGAGGCCCGUGGCACCAAGAGGGAGGCCUCCCCCACCAAGAAUCCAUUAAUAGGAAUGCUGGAAGAUGAAGAUGAUCUGCAACCCAUCAAGAUACCUCAACUGGAUCCAUCAUUAUUUAAGCCACUUCCAGACUAA